AGGCUUUACUAGACGCUGCAGGGUAGUCGUCGCUCCGUUGCUCCGCCUUCAGCUACUGCAAUGUAUGGGCUCCGACUCAUCAACAACUUCUAUGCGGACUAUGCAGGGUCACGCUCCGACUUUGUGAUCGUGGGCCACCCUGAGUACAACCUGGGCAAGGUUCGCUCAGAUUAUGGGUACAAGGAGGGAUGGGACACGCGAGGAAUUCCCUCCUUGCCCGCAAGGAGUAUCCCAGGGGAUCGCAUCCAGCGCGCUGGCACGGAGAAGUACCUGAAGUCGCUGGCGCGGCCGGAGCCGAAGCCCAAGUACAAGGAGCGUGUCCUCGCCAAGAGUCGCUCCGAGCCGCAGGUCCGGAAGGCGGAGCCCAAAGGUGAUAUUGACGACUUCUUCCAGGAGCUGACGUCCUUCGACAAGCUUCCUCCAUGCUCGCCGAACCGACUCACCGCAGGGUGGGCCAACGACAUGCGCUCGCAGCCGGUGAUGAAGCACUACAAUGCCAUUCAGGAGGAGCUGGAAGGGCUCCGCAGCCGCGUCUUGCGCGCCCCUGGGGUCGUGAAGGCUGAGCUGCAGUCGGAUGAUGCGUGGCGCUACUACGCCUUGCACUUGGAACAGGCGAAGAAGAAUGAUCUUCAGCUAAGGCAGACCAAGCAGAAGGCCAACGCGUGGGUUCAGAAGGCAAUGCGAGGCACUGCGUGAGGCAAAGCACUGAGAUGGGGAGGGCCCGGAGUUGAUGCCGAGCUGAUUUCGCCUGUGGCUGCCGCUGGUCGUCCUGAGAGUCACCCAGCGUCUCUCUUGCGCAGGUUGAGCCACAAGCCAUGGGUCGAAGCUUUUCGGUUUCGUUUCCUUCGACGCGGA